AUGAAGAGAUGGAUGAAUGUAUGUAGUAAUGCAUGUCCAUUUUGCUUGCAGAAUCAAAUACAAGAGAAAUUGAUAUUAAUGUGUGGGAGAAGAAGAUUAGCCGACAUUUCAUGCAGAAGUUGGAGCAUAUGGAUGAAGGAUGGAAUGGUGGAGGAAAAGCAAGAAUUGUAUGGUAAUGGUGGUGUGGCUUAUGGACGUUGGGGAUCGAUCGGAAUCGAUGAAGAAUGGCGAUGUGGUGGCUUAAAAUCCAAUAAACCAUUGAAUGUUUUUCCUUGGAAAACAGUGAUAGAUUACGAUGAAAGGCUAAUGGGAGUUUGA